AUGGUUACUGCUGCUUAUUUAUCAAAAUAUUUCAAACGAAUAACAAUCAUAGAAUCAGAUGAUGUAUUAAGUGAUACUUUCAAUAAAUCUACACCCAACGAAAUAUUAGAUUAUCGUUGUCGUCUUGAAAGUCCAACAUCAAUAGGACGUUCAGGUGUUAGUCAAAUCUAUCAAACACAUAUAGUCUUACGUGAAGGAUUUAAUAUAUUACAUAAGUUAUUUCCUCAUUUAAAAGAUAAAUUAAUAAAUGAAUAUGAUAUUCGUCCAUAUUCAUUAAAAAAUGAAGCAAGACUUGUUAUUAAUGGUAUUUUAUUGAAUCAAAAUUUAACUGAAGAUUUUGAAUGCUUAGUAAUUCAAUUAAUUGUUGAUCGAUCAGCUAAUACUGUUCAAGGUGUAAAAUAUCGAUUUAAACAUAAUGUUGGUUCAUCAUCAUUAGAUAUUUAUGGUAAUUUUAUUGUUGAUUGUACUGGUCGAAAAACAUCAUGA